AUGGCGUCCCUAGCGACGCUUGUGCCUCUGGCCAUUCUGAUAGCUCUGCCUCUGAUAGGUGGACUUCUACGACGGUUUCUAGGAUGGUCUCUUCGAAAACGAACAGAAGGCCGUCGUGCACAUCUCCUGGCCCUCAUGACACAGGAGGAUAAAGAUGCCCGCGCCAAGGACCCUCAAGGCACCGCAGCGACGAAACUCGUGUUCGACGUCGACGAUAAUCUUCAAAGCACUCUGAACUCACAAAAGGAUUGGUCGGGGAUCGUUGGUUUCUUCCAUCCGUUCUGCAAUGCUGGAGGUGGCGGAGAGCGAGUGCUCUGGGCCGCGAUUCGGGCCACACAAGAUCGUUGGCCAAAAGCCAAAUGUGUGGUAUACACAGGCGAUCACAAUGUGACAAAAGAUGCGAUCUUGAAUCGAGUCAAGACAAGAUUCAAUAUUGAGCUCCAUGCUCCCACGAUAACGUUCCUCUACCUCUCCAAACGAGACUGGGUACUCCCCUCAACAUGGCCUCAUUUCACGCUGCUCGGCCAAUCAAUCGGCUCCGUCGUUUUGGCUUGGGACGCUUUCUCACUACUGGUCCCGGAUGUCUUUGUCGACACCAUGGGCUACGCCUUCGCUCUCGGUCUAUGCAAGUUUCUCUUCCCCAAGGUUCCUACAGGGGCAUAUGUGCACUAUCCUACGAUUUCUACCGACAUGCUCGACUCGCUCGAUUCGACGGCUGCCUCGGGAACUCAGGGCGCACAUGCUGGUAAGGGUGCUGGAGCUCAGGGUUUCGCCAAGAAGAAUUACUGGAAACUUUUUGCCAUUCUGUACUCUUGGGUUGGCUCGACGGUUGAUAUCGUCAUGACAAACUCUACCUGGACUCAAGGCCACAUCAAGAGUCUAUGGGGCCCCUAUCGCAAACAGAAGAGCAAGACAGAUCCGAUCGCAGUUGUCUACCCUCCCACCGCCGUCCGAGAAAUGGAACGCGAAGUCGAAGUUUCCGAAGAGAGUGAGAAGCGAAGAGAAAAAGCUCUUGUCUACCUCGCCCAGUUUCGACCAGAAAAGAACCACCAACUCAUCAUGCGGUCAUUCGCUACUUUCCUCAAGACCAAGAGCGAGGCAUCCAAGGGAGCACAGCUGAUUCUGAUCGGAAGCGUGCGAGAUGACUCAGACUCAAAGCGUGUGUACGAGCUGCGACUUCUUGCUAAUGAGCUUGGCAUCAAGGACAGUGUCAAGUUCCACCUCGAUGCCCCAUGGUCAGAUGUUCUGGACUGGUUAAGAAGAGCAUCUGUGGGUGUCAACGGCAUGUGGAAUGAGCACUUCGGAAUUGGCGUUGUUGAAUACCAAGCUGCUGGGCUCAUUUCCGUGGUUCAUGACAGUGCUGGGCCCAAAUUCGAUAUCGUCGUGCCAAUCGAUGGCCAGCCAACUGGUUUCCACGCAACGACAGAAGAAGAAUUUGCAGAGGGCUACGAGAAGGCUUUGUCGCUACCAGACCCUCUGGCAUUUCGUCUGCGUGCAAGAGAGUCGGCAAAGAGAUUCACCGAGGAGGAGUUUGCAAAGAAGUGGACGGUUCAGUUGGCACGUUUGGUGUCACUUGCGAAACAAAAAGCGUAG